AUGAAUGGAGCCGUAGAAGCCGCCAACAAGAACAUAAAGAAGAUUCUGAGGAAAAUGAUUGAUAAUCGCAGAGGAUGGCAUGAGAUGUUGCCAUAUGCUUUGUUGGGUUACCGAACGACUGUCAGAACAUCAAUUGGAGCUACUCCGUAUCUGCUAGUAUAUGGAACAGAAGCAGUUAUACCUGCAGAAGUUCAAAUACCUUUAUUGGGAAUCAUUAAAGAAGCUGAAUUGGACGAUGCUGAAUGGGUCCGCAAACGGAUUGAUCAGUUAACAUUGAUUGAGGAAAAGAGAAUGAUUGUUGUUUGUCAUGGACAACUGUAUCGACAGAGAAUGAUCCGUGCUUACCACAAGAAAGUAAGAGCCAGAAUAUUUGAAAUUGGUCAGUUAGUUCUCAAACGCAUUUCCCCUCAUCAAGAUGAAUAUAAAGGGAAUUUGCACCAAAUUGGCAAGGACCCUACAUGGUUCGCAAAGUAUUAUCCGGAGUGUCUUAGUCCUGUCGGAGAUGGAUGGCACCGAAUGGCCAAAAUCGAUCAAUUCAGAUGCUGUACAGAGAUACUACGUGUAAAGUUUCAGUUUGUAUUUCUGUCAUUCCCUUGUAAUCGUUCUAUUUGCUUGUAA